GUUCGUAGAGAGCGGGCGUAGCGAACGGCUACGCAUCGGUACAUAACGUAACGAAAUGCUACGGGUGUUAUAAUAAGUGAACAAAAUGAUUUGUGCGUGCAUUUUCGCGUUACUAUUUGGAACUGUUAUUGGGAACCCGGCUAAAAUUGAUUCAAAACGGGAUCACUGUAACAAGACUGUGGAAAUCUAUGAAGAUGUGUCGUCACCUCCGGUCACGCCGGAAAACUUCGGACGUCCACUCACGUGUACAUAUAGGUUUAGAGCAUUUCGAGGGUCACCCAAAGACUGGAUUCUACGAAUACGUUUCAAGAAGUUCAAAGUAGGCACUUUGAUUAAUGGCACUACAUGUCAUAAGGGAUAUAUGCAGAUAGUUGACGGCAAUGCAAAGACUGACGUCUCAAACCGCAAGGAGCCGGGUCUCUUCUGUGGCGAGAUAGAACAACCGCAAACUUUCAUAUCGGAGACAAACUUCGUCAAAAUUGUCUUCCAUGCGGAUAACUUUACAGAUCAGACUUACUUUAGCUUUGAUUCUAGGGCGGAGCAGCAAUUCGAAGUAUAUCUGAGAUAUGGACAACAUCCGGAGUUAUAUCCUAACCGUAGAGGCGAAGUUGUUGCUGGAUCAUACUGCGAGCGGGUCUUCAGGGACUGUCGACUUCAGACGUGCUACGUGCAGUCAGCCGCCUACCCUGGGGUAUAUCCUAGGAAUCUGCACUGCAGAUACCACUUAAACACUAGACUGCCAUACAUAAAGUUAUAUAUAGAGAAUGAGGAGUUCAACAUAGAUGGUCAGAGAUGCGAGAAUAUAAUGACCUGUCCCAUGAGGCCUAUAACGUCAGGUUCGGAAAACUGUCCAUAUGAUUACAUAAGGAUUUAUGACGGAAAAGACGAGUCAGCUUCUGUGAUUGGUACAUUCUGCGGUAUGGGCAAGUUCCCGUACUCCAUCAUUGGGACAUCACAAGACCUAUUUGUGGAGUUCGUUAGUUCACCAGCAGGUCCCUUAUUGAACACUGGCUUCCAUUUCAACGUGGGGAACUGGCCAGGUCACGUGGAAGCCCCAGGAUCGAAGAUCGGAAACUGUGACUGGCUCCUCACAGCGGAGUCCCUGAAGAGAUCUGGCGACACGGAAGGGAUCUUUCUCUCCGUGGCCCAUUGGUAUCCUCCCCAUACAUCCUGCACGUAUCUGAUGCAAGGUUUCCCCGGACAAGUGGUUAGGCUCUAUUUCCCAAGCUUUCGGAUAAACCGCAUAGAAUCACCAAUAGUUCCAUGGACGGGUGACUGUGGGGAGUCCCUGACGCUGUAUGAUGCAGCUCGUCCUGACGAUGCAAAAAUUAUUAAGACCUUCUGCGACACCUUUAGUAGACCAAUGGAGAAGCAUGACUUUGUGUCUACUGGAAAUGCUAUGUUUGUCAGAUUUGAGAGCAAGACUGGAAGUUACAGUGGGUCGUCCCUCUACUACUGGGCUCACUAUGACUUCUUCAACAACACACGCUUCGGUGAACCAGUAAGCGGCACUGCGUGUGACGAAGUCAUUGCCUCCUGGAAGCAACGAGCUGGCAGACUCCGUUCACCACUCAACACCUUAGUUUACAAACAGGCUCCACCGGGUGAAGACGUCCAUUGUUUGUACAGAUUUGUCACAGACAAGAGAAUCUAUGCUAGAGUUAUUGUGACCAUACUGAGCGUGAAUUUUAAGGAACAUCCUUACACCCCCGUUUCGUGUCAGAAUUGUUACGAAGACAGAGCUGACAAGUUAAUCAUCUGGGAACCAUUCCCCACUGGCAGAGCUGCCAACCUUUCACUCGGAAUGACGACAACACCCCUUCCCCUACACUUGGCUGUCCAACGCUCCAUCGGCUCCUGUUUGUGCGCGAAACACGCAAACACUGUAACCCGUUCCAGACCGUAUAGAGUUGUGUCUUCUGGGGAAUCACUCAACUUACAAUUGAUCGUUGACAAUGCGCAUGCUGCCGCUUCCUAUUUUAAAAAUCCUUCUCCACUCUUCGAAGCCAGAUAUGAGUUUGUUCACGGACCCCUCUGUGGACCAGCGGUAUUAGCUGCUGCAUCAGAUGGCGAAAUCGUGUACCCACAUCUAGAAGCAUUGGGCUAUACGGAACCACCAAAGAGGAUCCAAUGUAUUUGGGAUCUUGAAAUUGAGGAGAAAAGGGAUAUUUGGUUACAUUUCGACAGCAUCAAAUUCGCGUCUAGACAUUGCGAUGAUGGAAACAUACAGAUAUAUCUACCUGGAAGAGUAGAACCCUACCUAUCAGUUUGUGGAGAAAACGUUUCGUUAGCUCGCGAACUACCCAUACUUUCUGCUGGUGAACUUGGUUUCGAAUCUUUAGACGAUCCUCUGGUUAUGGAAAAAGAGAAGACAAGGUCCAUCCGAAUCGUUUUUAUUGGAAGUGCAUCACCAGCGCGCGCAGCUUUCAAAAUUGCUUGGACUGGUUUGUACCAUUUACCCAAAAACUCCGAUGGGACACUAAUGACAUCGCGUUUGACUGAUAGCGGUUCAUAUGCAAUUGACGGACACAAUUGUGAUUUCAUAUGUCCGGGAGAAGAAGCUCUGUGUAUUCCUGCUAGAUUGAUUUGUAAUGGAGUCGUGAAUUGCCCAAAUGUAACCAGUGGUGAGAGAAGGUAUUGGACGGCUGAAGAAAAACGAGCCAGAGAAGCUUAUUCAGAAGAUAGCUUGCGCAGACUUGGGUAUUUGGAUGCAUUGACUGGAGAACUGGGCAAGCUACAUGAUGAAGCUCCAGAACUAUGUACAGGAGCGCAUAUGGCUGGGAGCGGAGAUUGGAUGGCACCUGUAUUAGGAGCAGCACUAGCAAUCGCUAUUAGCGUUUGUGCUCUUGGAGCUGCUUGGCGACUCUGCUGCCGCAAGCGCUCCCCAGACGAGGAGUCCUUGGACUACUGACAUGCGGCUCGCGGUGCGCACGCGCCGCCCACGCUGCAUUCUCGUUCAGCAUCCAGAGACCUACCCUUGGACUGGAGCUUACAUUGACAGACGCUAUAUUGAGUGCCGAAAUCUCUUGUUGAUUAUUAAUAUAUCAUAAACACAAACUGUUGGUCUGUGUAUGUCAUUUUAAAUUUAUUGCUUUAUUUUGUCAAUAAUACAAAAACUUAGUUAAUACGCACAUUGUGGCAUACUCUAUUGUUACGUAAAUAGAGAUUUUCUAUAUUUAUGUACUAUGUAAUAGACUAUGGCACUCAAAAUAUGUAAUUAGUGUAUAUACCUUCUAGAUAUCCUGAUAUUGAACGCUUUGAACAUCAUCAGAUGUGCGCACUUGAGUGCUUUCACUAGCCUUUUGUAAAGGCUUUUCAUAUUUUUACUUUGAUGAUCAAUCAAAAAGCUUACUAAGUGAACUCCUGGCUUGUUGGCCUGGCUUUUGAAGGCACUCUAGUGUUCGCAAACUUAUAGGUAAGUUAAAAGUGAUAGUAGUUAGUGACGUGCUUAUUUAAGUAAGAAUCUUACUGGGGUAUAAUUUUGUCUUCGUCAAAACAAUUACGCGCUCAAUUUAAUACUACUGAUUGAUUGUGAAUUCCAUACAUCAAAAUAUUAAAGUAUGUUAAAAACGUUCUGAACGAUGUGAAUAUUUUACUUUUUUUAAUGAGAAAAACAGGAGCCAAAAACAAAUCAGUAUUUAUUAAACAAACAUUCAUAUGCAAAUGUUAUAAGUAAUAACAUCAAGCGAUUUUGAAAAUGGAACUCCCAAUUAUGAAUCAUUUUGUUAUGAGUACUUUCAGAGGAUUCAACAAAAGUUUUGUUUCUAACUACGGUCUUUAACUGUUAUGAUGUAAAUAUUCAUAAUAUUAAGGUGUAGUUAAGAAGUAAUGAGCAUGUAUUAAGCCAUAUUAUUAAAUACGUUGCACAAAUUAGCGAUUAGUUGUAUAGCCCAGGUACAUGAAUGUAUGAAUGAGAACGCAAUGGUAAUUGUUUUUAUUUAUAUCGUACUUUGAUUACACAAUUCAUUUAACUAAAGUUAAAAGUUAUGAGUCAAAUAGUUCUUACUUGUCAA